GGUUUGAGAUGCGCUGCGCAGACCCGUCCGCCGCUACCGACGCAUCUUCCUGGCCUGCCCCCCUCUCACUCCCUCUCCCUCUCUCUCAGUCUCUCUUUCCUGCUUUUCUGUCUGCCACUAGCCUACCUGAGGGGAAGUGCACAAAGCCAAUAAGAAAAUCUGGCGUGUCGGCUGGGCCCUGCGCGCGCUAUGCUGCGGUAAAAAGGGCCGCCGUUUGCGGUGUUUACAGGGGAUGUAGAGAGAGGGACGGAGGCACCGACGGACCGCGCCGUGUCUGCUCUGCUCUGCCCAGCCCGCUGCAUCGCUGAGCGGCCUGCGAAGCACACAAGAUGUCGACCAGAACGCCAUUGCCCACGGUGAACGAGCGUGACACCGAGAAUCACUCUUCAGUGGAUGGCUUUGUUGAACCCCCAGUCCCCCCGACAAAGUCUGCCAGUCGCCACAGCUUGCCACGAUGCCGCAACUCUUUCACCUCCACCGAAGAGCACCCCCAUAUUGGCAAUUACCGCCUCCUCAAGACCAUUGGGAAGGGGAAUUUCGCCAAGGUGAAGCUGGCACGACAUGUCCUGACUGGACGAGAGGUGGCGGUGAAGAUUAUAGACAAAACUCAGCUGAAUCCCACCAGUCUACAGAAGCUCUUCAGGGAAGUCCGAAUAAUGAAGAUACUGAAUCAUCCGAAUAUAGUGAAAUUGUUUGAGGUGAUUGAGACCGAGAAGACACUUUAUUUGGUGAUGGAGUACGCCAGUGGGGGAGAAGUAUUUGACUAUCUAGUGGCUCAUGGCAGAAUGAAGGAGAAGGAGGCCAGGGCCAAGUUCAGACAGAUUGUGUCUGCCGUUCAGUAUUGUCACCAGAGGAGGAUAGUACACAGGGAUCUAAAGGCGGAGAACCUGUUGUUAGACGCAGAUAUGAACAUCAAGAUCGCUGACUUUGGCUUCAGUAACGAGUUCACUGUGGGCAGCAAGCUGGACACUUUCUGUGGCUCCCCGCCGUAUGCUGCCCCUGAACUGUUCCAGGGAAAGAAGUACGACGGACCAGAGGUGGAUGUCUGGAGCCUCGGGGUCAUCCUCUACACACUGGUCAGCGGAUCACUGCCCUUCGAUGGACAGAAUCUAAAGGAGCUGAGGGAGAGGGUCCUGCGGGGAAAGUACCGUAUUCCCUUCUACAUGUCCACAGACUGUGAAAACCUGCUGAAGAAACUACUCGUGCUCAACCCCGUCAAACGAGGCAGUUUGGAGCAAAUCAUGAAAGACCAUUGGAUGAAUGUGGGUCACGAGGAGGAGGAGCUAAAACCUUACAUCGAGCCGGAGGCAGACUUCAAUGAUUCAUCCAGGAUAGAGCUCAUGGUGACGAUGGGCUUCCCUAAAGAUGAGAUCACAGAGUCUCUACAGAGCCAGAAGUACGAUGAUGUCAUGGCCACCUACCUGCUGCUGGGCAGAAAAGCUCCGGAGUUUGAGGGGAGCGAACCUCUGACCAACAGCAUCCUGGGCCAGCGACAGCGACCGACCAGUGACAUCAACAAUAGCUCCAGCAUCUCUCCUGCCCAUCCCAAGGUCACACGCAGCAUCUCGGCCAAUCAGAAGCAGCGCCGCUACAGUGAUCAUGGUGGGGAUGAUGAUGGUGGUGGUGGUGGUGGUGUCGUAGAGAAGCCAAUUGGUCCAUCUGUGCCCCCGGCGGUGUCGUACACGAAGCGCGGCCAGGCCCUGAGUGUGGAAAGUGACCACAGGGAGGAGUGGGACGGAGCGCGCCGGCUGGAGCUCAGCACCUCGAAAGGAGAUGUACCUGCUUCACCACUGGGAGUGCAGGAGAGGAAGAAAACUACAAGUGUUGUGGGGACCAAUGGAUCAAUGACUCGCAGGAACACGUAUGUGUGUGAACGAUCCUCUACUGACCGCUAUUCAGCUAUUCCCAAUGGCAAAGACAGCAGUUUAACCGAGGUGUCAGGGAGCACCCCAUCGACUGCAAUGAGCUCCACACGACCUCGCCACACCAAGUCCAUGUCAUCAUCAGGGCAUCCUUCAAAGAGCACACUGCCCCCCAUUGACGACAACACAGAGCUGAAAGCCAGCUCCUCUCCACGGGGUCCCUCCACCUCUCCGUCUGCACACAGUAUUAGCACCCCAGAGAAGAACCGUUUCCCUCGUGGUACCACCAGUCGCAGCACUUUCCAUGGAGCUCAGCUCAGAGACCGACGCAGUGCCACCUACAACGGCCCCCCGGCUUCGCCCACAUUGUCCCACGACACAGGGGCUCUCGCUCAGCAACGCAGGGGCACAUCCACUGGGAUCAUCAGCAAGAUCACCUCCAAGUUUGUCCGUAGGGUGCCUAGUGAGGGAGAGGCAAGUGCCAGGACAGAAACACCAAGAAGUGCGUCAGGUGAUGCUAAGGACGAAGGCGGUCGGGACUCCAAACCUCGCUCGCUUCGCUUCACUUGGAGCAUGAAGACCACCUCCUCCAAGGAACCCCCCGAGAUGAUGAGGGAGAUCCGAAAGGUUCUUGACGCCAACAGCUGCGAUUAUGAGCAGCGCGAACGCUUCCUGCUUUUCUGUGUCCAUGGCGACGCUCGCCAGGACAACCUGGUCCAAUGGGAGAUAGAAGUGUGCAAGCUGCCCCGCCUUUCACUCAACGGCGUGCGCUUCAAGAGGAUAUCGGGCACGUCCAUCGCCUUUAAGAAUAUCGCCUGCAAAAUUGCCAAUGAGCUCAAACUGUGACGGCAGAUGGAGUCCCAGUCGGUUUUUUGGUGAGCUCUGGUUAUGGUCUCAUCUCAUCACUGGAUUAGUGUUGACUUACAGGACAAAAAUUCAGCACUGAAGGUCCUCACCUCGCAGAAUCAGGGUGGACUCGGCUGGUAAUGUGCAAUACUGGCCACGAAUGUACUGUACAGGGUAGUGGAUCAGAGAGAUACUGCAAGGUUUAACCUCUGUGACAGAGAGAUAGCAAAAACAGCUAAACCCUUCACCCCUUUCUUUUUUUCCUCUUCCGUCCAGUCCUCUGUCUCUCUCAUCAGCCUGCUGCUCCUUGUCAUAGCACACAUUCAUGUAACACAUGCAGUAUGCAACUGAAGAUGACCAUCCCGCAAUAAUGUUUUCAAUCUCUUUUUCUAAACGCCUACUACAAGAUCUACUCCUCGCUGAAUAACCAUUAAAAUUACUGAAAGCUAAAAUAGCCGCUUUUCCACCUGUGUUAAGUCAGUAUAUAGAUCAGGCUGGAGCCCAUACUAAAACUAUGUAAAAAGAGAAUUGUACUGUAUGCAUAACAUCUGCAGGUACUGUAUUGUAUAUUGAUUUUGCGUUCUGUACAGAAUUUUAUUGUCAAUACUGUCUUUUUUCAUGGGAUUUCAGUUCUUUCCUAAUAUAAUUGAUGUCUCUUAAAGCAUUAUCCUUUCAGUCUGUGAGUUUUUCUUUUUUUAAUUCUUUUUUUUAAGAGCCACCAUAUGAAAAUAGUGUUUUUAAUUUUAUUUAAAGAGCACUAAAUUAUUUUGUGGAGUAUUAAGGGAUGUGUUCCCUUGCCUUUUAUGUUAUAUUUUAUUUGCCUAUGGAAAAAAACACUAAGUUGCACCACAUAGACUUGAGUAGUGACUUCAGUUAAAACUGAAAAUGUGUUCACUUUAUUUUCUCUCAGCAGUAGGUAGGUGAUUCGGAGAUCCUGCUGCAAUUGCACAAGUUUUCCAGGGUGAUGUGUAUGAACAUGGGAGUAUGCACCUGUAUUUCUUUCAUGUUAGUUUGGUAGUCCUCAAUUACAAAAAAAUGCAGGGGUUAAAUCGGCCUACUUUAGAAAGCGGAGGACGGGACGUCUUUAUCCAAAGGACUGAAGAUGCAUGAAAAGUCAAACAAUCACCCCAAAAGAAGCAGUUUGUCUCAUGGAGCCUUUCUAAAGAGUCUGAUUUAGUCCUGCCACCAGUGUGAUUGUGCAGGUACUUGUGUAUCUCCUUGCUUGUGUUUUUCUUUUCUUUUUUUUUUUAAUUCAGCGGAUUUUAUUGUAUUUAUUCCAUUACAUUGUAAUGUGCUGCUUUGUAGAAUUGAGGCGUGCACUUUGUCGGAGAAAAUAAAAAGGAUUUUAUUUGUUUGUAUUUAUUUUUUAUUUUAUUUCUCAGAUCUGAAACCAGAGUUACACAACUAACUUCAAGAUGACAGUUUCCCUCAAGCGAUGAAGUAGAUGUGUUAGUGCGUGUUGUCUUGCUUUUAGGACCGGGUGUCGGCGUUUCACACUGAAGCAAUGUCAUGCUACACAGUGCCAGCAGGGAGCUCAGAUGACAGUUAAUAAUGUAAACCUUUAUUGACUCUAAGUAGCAUGGCAUUAGUCAAUAACUUAAUCCUAAUCAU